AUGGAGGUGGUGAAUACAGCCCAGUCUGAUUUCAGUGACACCAAAGGAUCUCUUAAAAAAGAACCAUCUCUUCUUUUGGACAGCCUGGUGGAAAAGCCUGAGAAAGGAAGCUAUGUUCCUAAUCAUCUUUUGGAAUCCAAGAUUUAUACAAAGCUUUUAAGAAAUGAUGUCAUACAGGCUAAACCUGCCGUUAUGCAUUUUGGAGGGUAUGAAAUUAAAAAAUAUCACCAACAAAUUCUGAAACUUGUAAACAUUUCUGGAGAUGUUCUAAACAUUCAUAUUAUUCCACCUGAGACAAAGCACUUCCAGAUCAAAUACAGCAAAAUACACCGACUUGUCCCUGGCUUGUCCUUUACAGUUAAAGUUGAUUUCUGCCCUGAUGAAUGGCGGUACUAUUAUGACUGCAUCCGAAUUCAUUGCCAGGGAGAUGACACAUUACUUGUUCCCUUGCAUGCCUAUCCUGUGAUGAAUACAGUAGAAUUUCCUUCCUACAUUAGUUUGUCUGAUGUUCCUCUUGGACAGUGCAAGGAAUAUGUGAUCCCCCUGCAGUGCAGCUGUCCCAUAGAUUUUGAAUUCCACAUUGAGUAUCUUCAGCCUCACAAAGCAUUUACUGUUCAUCCAACAUCUGGAAUAAUUCCAGCCAGUGGAAAAGCACAAGUGGUAGUUACUUAUGCACCAUUUGAAUACGGAACGGCACAGAUGCAAAUCCAGUUGUGGAUUUCACAGUUUGACUCAAAACCUUAUGUAUGUGCAUUCACAGGAACUUCUACACCCAGCCAGAGUUUUACAAGAGGAGACUUUGAGAAGCAAGAAGCAAUUUUGCACAGAAUACCGAAAUCCGCUGGUAAAGCAGUGGUACGCCUGCCACAGAGGACACUAUCACUAAAACAUAAGUGGCUUGGCCCUCUUCAAAGAGGACAGGCCAUUGAAUAUCAAAACUUGCGAUUCCCAGCUGAUUUGUCAACUUCUUAUGCUGUAGCAACUGUUUUGAUUCAGGAACCAGGCAAAUUAAAGAUUAAGCACUUAAGAGAAGUCUUAGAAGGACAAGGUGAUGGAGCAGUUAAAACAAGGCAGGUGAAGGAAGCCGUUUUUCUACUGAAAGUCAAGCAAGACAUCCAGGAAGAACAAAUCAACCAACUUAAAUGGCAGGUUCAUUUAGGCAAAGAUCCCAUUAGCCCAACUUUUCAAAAGCAGAUUCUUGAAGACCGACAAAGAGAAGAAGAGCAGUACAAGAUUAAAAGAGGAGAUCCCAUUAUGGAGAAGGAGUUUCAUAGGAAGAAUGUUCAGAUCUCUGUCAAACGUGUCAUCCGAGGUGUCAAUGAGUGCCCCAAAUUCCAGCCCACGUUUGACCUCCUGCUUAACAACCCUUGGUGCCAUAAGCAUUGGACUCUGCGGCGGUUUCAGCAAGCUGCACGAAAGGUCCUACUUCAGUGUCGACUAAAACGUGUGAUAAAUUGGCUGCAUGAAGGAUAUAAAGUUGUUAAACUUAAAGAAGAGGAAGAGAUGUUCAUAUCAGAAUGCAGCAGCUUCAGAAUGGGCAGCACAACAGCCAUAGGCAAUGAGGAAAAGAGAGUGCCUUUUGUCAUGACUGCAAGUCGCGUCCUGCCUUUUGAAUUCCCCACAUACACUGCACCUCGGUGGGCUGAUGAACUGGCACCAGAAAUUCUUGGCAUAGUUCCUGUCAGGUCUGCAGGAAUCAAGAUCAAACAACCUCACCAGUUCUUUGAACUCAAGGUUCCUCAGCAUUAUAGGCUUAUGGGAUAUCAGCUGAUCUGUGUACACCAUGCAGCUACCAGUUACAAAGUUCCAAAGUACUCUCAAGUUCUGAGGACAGGCGCGGAGGAAGAGCUGAUCCCAGUCAUCCCUGCUUCAGAUGAAACGAAACAGCUUGCCUUGGAGGAACGAGAGGAUGCACAGGACGUCUCCCUGUUAAACCUGAAAGCUCCUGAAGCUUUGCUUCACCCUCCAACUGAACAUCCUCUUCAGAUCUUUAAUCCUAGUCCAGGAUUGCAUGUGUUCAAGUCACCACUACCCUAUUCAGAAAGCAGCAUCGAAUAUCACAUUUGUCCUGUUCUAAAAUAUGCGCUUACCAGGAAAUACCCACCCAAAUCUAGCAUACCAAUUUCACAAAAGAAAUUCCUCCAUCACAGGGAGGUGAUUCGUGGUGUAACUAACUGGAGAAAAUUUCCCCCAGUCAUCUAUUCGACUUUGCCUAAUGUACCGGCUCUGAAUGGUGUAGCGGUACCAUUCUGUACAGAUCCCUAUAAUGUAGACAUGAUUCCAAAAAUUACUCCUCCAAUUCUCAGUGGCUUACCAGAGCAAGACAAGGAAAAUGUAAUUGAUGAAGUGAUUGGAGGGGAGACAGCCGUUUUACUUUCACCAGAGAUGAUAAGGGCUGAAUUUCCCCAGAUCGAUCUUUCAGCCGACAACAGUAAAUCACCCAAGGAGGGAAGUGAAAUAAAUGUAGAGGUUAAAGCUGCUUCCUGCAUAUCCCUGAAUGCUUCUGCACCUGUUUCCAGAGAUGUAAGAGACAUUGUGGACUGGUGUUUCCAAACUCAGAACAACAUAUUUGGACAAAGGGUUGAAGAAGCUAUGGAGAAACUGAGAGAAAAGGCAGUACAGAAACAGUUAAUCCUAGACUAA